CGACAGCGCCCUCUACCGGACUCCAUCUAGAACUGCAGGCUGAGGAAGCCAUGGCUGAUCCUGUGUAUUCUGAUUUGAUAGCCAAACACUACAACUACACCGGCAAGUUCCGGAAAGUAGAACAGGACCCCAGACUGAAGGUGGACUCUGUGGUCUUCAUCAUUGUGUGUUGUUUCAUUACUCUAGAGAACAUUCUGGUUCUGCUUACUAUCUGGAGAACCAAGAAGUUCCACAAGCCAAUGUACUACUUCAUAGGGAACCUAGCAUUGUCUGACCUGCUGGCUGGUGUGGUGUACACAGCCAACAUCCUGCUUUCAGGAGCAAAUACAUACAAACUGAGUCCCACACAGUGGUUCUUCAGAGAGGGAAGCAUGUUUGUGGCACUUGCUGCAUCAGUUUUCAGUCUACUGGCCAUUGCCAUUGAGCGUCACCUCACUAUGCUGAAAAUGAAGCUGCACAACAAUGGGAAGACGUGCCGUGUGUUCCUGCUCAUCAGCACUGUGUGGAUGAUCGCUGCCAUCCUGGGCGGCCUGCCGGUCAUGGGCUGGAACUGUAUCGAAAAUAUGAAGAAAUGCUCCACUGUUCUGCCUCUCUACCACAAAACGUACAUCCUCUUCUGCACCACCGUCUUCAGCAUCAUCCUCAUGGCCAUCGUAGUUCUGUAUGCACGCAUCUACGCCCUUGUGCGUACACGCAGCCGUAAGCUGGUCUUCCGUAAGGUGUCUAACGGGCGUGGGAACCCUGGAGCCAACAGCAAAAGUUCAGAGAAGUCCAUGGCUCUUCUGAAGACAGUCAUCAUAGUCCUGAGCUGUUUCAUUGCUUGCUGGGCUCCUCUCUUCAUCCUCCUGCUCCUGGACGUGGCAUGUGAAAUCAGAAUGUGUCCCAUCCUUUACAAAGCAGAGUGGUUCUUGGCAUUAGCCGUCCUCAACUCAGCCAUGAACCCUCUCAUAUACACCCUCACCAGCAAUGAGAUGCGCCGGGCUUUCCUCAAGACUCUACUCUGCUGCACCGCCUGCAUCCGACCUGUGGGGAAGUUUUCCCGACCAAUCAUGGGCGCUGAGUUCAGCCGCAGCAAAUCUGACAACUCCUCCCACCCCAACAAGGAAGAGCCGGAGUACUCUCCAAGAGAGACUAUUGUGUCUUCUGGGAAUGUCACCUCCUCCUCCUAA